UUCUGGUAGUGUACUUGAAGAGACAGAGGGUAAGAACUGUACAGCGAGCCCUAAAAAUGGGAAACAUGCGAUCGGAAGCAUGGUGAAAUAUGAGUGCAAGGAGUACCAUAUACUCAGAGGUCCACAAGUUCGCAUAUGUGGAGAGAAUGGAGAAUGGGAUGGGAAAAGUCCUUUUUGUGAACCUGAAUGUGGAAAGAGUGUGCAGCGAGUGUUGCCAGAAGGCGGGAAACCUUUUGAAAAUCGGAACUAUAUAUGGCAAGCAACAAUUUAUGGCAUGGAGGAGAAACACAUCAUCUGCGGAGGGGCGCUCAUUCAGAAGCAAUGGGUGCUCACCGCAGCUCAUUGCGCCGUCGUUGACGGUUCUCCAAGGACUCGGAAGGAGAGGGAAUUACUUGUAUAUCUCGGAAAAUAUCAUCAAAACAACUCAAUGGAUGACGAAUUCGUCCAGAUCAGACAGGUGUCUAAGAUUGUCGUUCAUGAGGAUUUCAACUUUGAGAACUAUGACUCCGACAUUGCUCUUUUGAAACUGACGGAACCGGCUGAGUUGACCUUGCGAGUUCAGUUGGUAUGUCUUCCAUCAGAGACAAAUUUCGAAGUAGAAAAUCGAGGAAAGGUAGCUAGUUGGGGUUCUAACAUAUUAGAAAAACGUUCUGCAGUGUUGAUGGAAAUGGAACUGCCUAUAAUAUCAAAUGCCAAUUGUCGCCAGAACACAAUAUAUAUGACAGGGGACAACACUCCCACCCAUUCCCUUACCUCUAACAUGUUCUGUGCGGGUCAUGACAAUGCGACUCCUCUUGAAGAACAUCGAACGGUAUGCCCUGGAGAUUCCGGGAAUCCCAUGGUCUUCUGCUCUAAGGAAAUUUCAUGCCAGGUAGUUGGGAUCGUGAGUCACUUUUUCGAAGAAAUUGAGUGCUCUUUAAGACGCCCAGGUCAAUACAGCAUUUUCACCAAAGUGAAUCGGUUCCUUUCAUGGAUCAAAAUUAAGAUGGGAGAAAAUGAAUUCUGAAGACCCUCUCCUGAUACGAACGCCGUAGCACCUCUGAAAAUGGGAUAUAUUGCCUGAAACAUUUGGCCUCCAGAUAUACUAUUUAUAGAUAUGAAAUGGAUAUCAGACAUGUAGGCAUUUGCUGCUGUCUCCCAGCACCAAUCAUUACACAAAGCGAUUAUGAAAACAAAGAAUGGUC